AAACUCACCAUUUUGCACAUUUCCCCUUUCAUUACUCAACAAACCUGCUUCUCUGCCAGAGAUUCAGGCAAGAAGACCCAGUGGAAAUAGGCCAUGGAUGAUUUAGAUGCUUUGUUGGCAGAACUGGAACAAACCUCCGGGAGUCUGAGUGUGAAUGACUCAGACCCAAAUGUUUGCUUUCUUCUCGAGCGUGACAACAAACCAAAACCAGUGGCAACAACAACAGAAACCCACCUUACCCAACAGACAACAUUAGCUGCUCAAGAAGCCAAAAAGGUAGAACCAGCACACAAUGUUCAAACCCAUAAAGAAGAUGCAGGUAAUAUUUACAGCACAGUUUUACCUCCACAGCCAGUGGUGUCUUCAUCCUCAUCCACCUCAGUUGCUCAGCAGCUGGAUGAUCUUUUGGCUUGCCUAGGAACAAUCCAGUCCAAGGUCUCAGAUGGUCUGGCCACUCCCAGCCAGUCAACAUCAGCAGAAGAGACUGCCACUGGCAACCUAGACAGCAUGUUGGAGAGUUUGACUCAUGAUAUGCAGGACCUUGGUGUUGCUACAGUGCCUAAGGGCAACUGUGCUUCCUGCCAGAAACCCAUUGCUGGAAAGGUGGUUACAGCCCUGGGAAAGAUAUGGCAUCCCGAACACUUCACAUGUGCCCAGUGUGGAAAAGAAGUGGGUUCCCAGCCAUUCUACGAGAGGGACAACAAAGCUUAUUGCCAAGAAGACUACCAUCAGCUCUUCUCUCCUCGCUGUGCUUACUGUACUGCACCCAUUCGAGAUAAAGUCCUAACAGCCAUGGAUAAGACUUGGCACCCUGAGCAUUUCUUUUGUACACAUUGUGGGUCUGUGUUUGGCAAUGAUGGUUUCCAUGUGAAAGAUGGAAAGCCAUACUGCCAGAAAGAUUUCCAGAGCAUUUUUUCUCCCAAGUGUAGAGGCUGUGAUCGUCCUGUGAUGAAUCAGUAUUUGUCAGCUCUGAAUGCUGUGUGGCAUCCUGAAUGUUUUGUGUGCAGAGAUUGUUUCUGCAGUUUUACUGAUGGCUCUUUCUUUGAACUAAAUGGCCAGCCAUACUGUGAGCUUCACUUCCAUCAUCAUCAGGGAACAGUGUGCCAUGGCUGUGGGAAGCCCAUUGUUGGGCGAUGUGUCAGUGCCAUGGGGCACAAGUUUCACCCAGAACAUUUUGUCUGUGCCUUUUGCCUUACUCAGCUGCACAAUGGCAUUUUUCAGGAGCAGAAUGGUAAAACCUAUUGUUACUCUUGCUUUAAAAAACUCUUUGUUUAACUUGAAGGUAUGUGGAAUGUUACUCUUCCCAAGAAUUUCAUUGCAAAAAAAACAAGAAAGCAAUCCUAGGAUACUUCCUUGGGAAUAAGUCCUAUAGAGCUCCCUGGGAUUUUCUCUUGAGUAAAGAGUCACCAAAUUAAGCAACAUUAAAUAUGAUAACAAAAAUUGUAAGACACCCAAUACCGUAACACACUAUUAUGCUUUAGUGUAUUCAGAUUAGUCAACUGUUAGAUAUUUAUCUUUUACACUGAAUUUUAAACAACUUUAUAGCUGGAGAUCUAUUUUUUAAAUUAGAAAUAAUAAUAACAGCUGCUUCAUAUACAUAAUCUUUAAAAUGAAACGAAGUAGUAGCUUUUCUUCUCUGAAAUCUGUUUUCUGAUCUUUUUUUCAGCUGAUGAGAAGA